AUUGCACACAUCUGUCAGCAUCAGGGAUGGGAUCCAGGUUUCACAUGGGAUAGCCCUUAACUCUGAAAUCUUUGCCCCUCCCUAUUAGGACUCUGGAACUCCAUGGCACUCCCUGAGAAGUCUUGGUCCUGCAUUUUGUCCUCCAGAAAUCCCCAGAAACAAUCUAAACGAUAUUAGAUUUUUUUUAAGGUUGUUGUAAAGAAAACGUGAUGGUUGACUCAAAUAAUGCCACAAAAAGAAGGUAAUGGCUAUGCUACAAUCACACUCCAGACAGAGCCUGAACUCCUUCAACUGCGCCCUUGGUGAAUACAGGUCUAGUGACCUGUGCUGCAAGAUGUGUCCUGCAGGUAUGUUUGUCCAGGAGCCCUGCACGAUUCCUCAUACCCAAGGACAGUGUGAGAUGUGUCCCCCAGGAUCGUUCUCGUUCUCAAGGAGUGCUAAUGGCCUCAAUUCUUGUAUACCUUGCUCCACCUGUACUAAAGAACAGGAAAUGGUGGCCGACUGCUCUGCCACCAGUGACCGGGUAUGUCAGUGCCAAACAGGUCAUUACUACUAUGACCCGAAAUUUCCAGAGUUUUGCUGCCCAUGUACCACGUGCCCCCAAGGAAUCCCUGCCCUUCAGGAAUGCAACCCCACCAACGACACAGUGUGCCGUCAGUCUGCUUCAAGUAAGACAGAUUCCAGAGACCGGGUAUUCCUACCAGUUUCCCUAUUGCUGGGCAUUUGUCUGAUGUUGGUUGUCUGCUGUAUCAUAAGACGAUAAUGGUUCUACAGAUGUUGUCUUGGCUAUCGUUUUAUUGUAUGAAGAAACACCAUAGAGGCAACUCUUUUUUUUUUUUUUUUU